AUGGAAGUUAAUGUUAAAAGUUUAAUUCGUUUGUCUCAAUUAGCCGUGCCUUAUCUCGAAAAAACUAAAGGAAGUAUUGUUAACGUUAGCAGUAUUUCUGGAAUUUGUGCUUUCCCGGCUGUCACUUAUUAUUGUAUGUCUAAAGCUGCUGUAGACAAAUUUACUGAAUGUUUGGCUCAGGAAUUAGCUCCAAAAGGGAUUCGUGUUAAUGCUGUGAACCCAGCAUUAAUUGUCACCUCUUUGCAUCGACGAGCUUAUAUGAGUGAAGAAGAAUAUAAAGAUUUUGUUGAACGUGGAAAGGCAGGACACGCUUUAGGACGUUGUGGAACAGUUGAGGAAGUUGCUAAAGGAAUUCUUUAUCUUGCAAGAGAUGCAACUUUCACGACUGGAGAAUUGCUUAAAAUUGAUGGAGGAAAAUCUCUUUUAGUGCCUCGUUAA